AAUCAUAAGACAACUUCUCCGAAACAGAGGCUGUUUCAGCUCUGCUUGUGCGAGAAUCAAAGCCGACCGCAAUAAAGUCGUGUCCCUUUGCUGUCAUACAUUGGUAAAACAUAUCCCAUCCUCUUUCCGGGAAAAACCUUCUCCUCCUUUUUCUAUUUUUCAGAUUCGUAAUCGUGUGUGUAUAUAUAUAUAUAUAUUGCUUUCUUAAAACAACCCAAUGCGACUCAAAAUAAGAGAGUUAUCUUUCACGAAAUCAUAGUGUGAAUAACCAGAAAGAUAGAAAAUCCAUCCAAGGAUCUAAUGGCAGGGAUUGGUAAAACAGCUCCUGAAUUCGAGGAUUUAUUGCCGGUGAUGGCGGAGAAGCUGGGCGGAGAAGGGCUGAUGAGGGAGCUGAGUAAUGGGUUCAAGAUGUUAAUGGACAAGGACAAAGGGGUGAUCACGGUGGAGAGCUUGAAGAGGAAUGCCGCAAUGCUGGGGUUGCAAGAUUUGAGACAUGACGAGCUUGUGAGCAUGGUGAAAGAGGGUGAUACCGACGGUGAUGGAGCUCUGAAUGAGAUGGAAUUUUGCGUAUUGAUGUUCAGAUUAAGCCCUGGUUUGAUGGAAGAGUCCCAGUUAUUGCUGGAGGAAAUUCUUCAAGACGACCUCAAUUCUUCCGCUUUCUAUUAGCAUUUUUUUUUUUUUUUUUUUGCUUCUUCUCCUAGAUGACCCAUGGACUUGUUUACUAUUCCCAUUCAUUGUCAAAUAAUACAUUGCCUUGCCAUAUACAUAAUAGUACCACCUAUUUAUUUUCUCGUUCGGAUUAUUUAAUCAGACAGUAGCUUAUUUCAUACAA